GUGAGUGCUACUCCUCAGCCUCACUCUGCUCUCCUCAAGACACCACCCUGGGAAAAGCUGAUGUUUCAGGGAUAGUCUUACCUGCAUCCCACCUGAGUGCACUUUCUUUCUUCAAUGGCUCAGUUUCCCUGGACCAAGAGCACCCUGACAGUCGCCCUUUGGCUGCCUGUGCUCUGGGCAGUCCUGUCCCCUGUUUACUGCUCUCAUGCCCCACCAGGAUGGCGCUUCACUUCCUCUGAAGUUGUGAUUCCCAGGAAGGUGCCGCACAGGAUGGGUGGAGAUGAGAUGCCAGACCAGCUGUCCUACAGCCUGCGCUUCGGGGGCCAAAGACACAUGAUUCACAUGAACCUCAAGAAGAACUUGCUGCCCAGACACUUUCCUGUUAUUACUGAUAAUGACCAGGGAGCCACGCAGGAGGACUAUCCCUUUGUGCCCCAAGAUUGUUACUACUACAGCUACCUGGAAGGGGUUCCUGGGUCCAUAGGCACACUGGACACCUGCUACGGAGGCCUGCGUGGCAUGCUGCAGGUGGAUGACUUCACUUACGAAAUCAAGCCACUGGAGACUUCUUCCAAAUUUGAGCAUGUGGCCGCAGCGGCUGGGAGAAAUUUAACACGUAUUAUAGAAAAUAUAGUGAUUAUGAACAACAUAGUACAUACGAUUUACAAACAAGCUGAUUUAAAUGUCUUCAUACGUGUAUUGUGCAUAUGGAAUGACAUGGAUGCAAUUGAUGUUUCGUCAGGUUCAUUAUCUCACAUUUUAAGUUAUUUUAGUUUGUGGAAAAAAGACAGAGUGUUUGCAGAAAUUCCACAUGAUACUUCAGUUCUUCUGACAGGGCAUAAACUCUCAGGUAGCUUAUGUACUGUCUACCAUGCUGGAACAUGCAAUCCCAAUUGGGGAGCCCUAUAUGUGUUUGUAGAUCGGUUCCAUCUAUUUGUGAGUGCAACAGUUAUAGCACAUGCAUUGGGACACAGCUUGGGCAUGCAACAUGACAGAGAAAGUUGUCAUUGUUUUCGGAGAACCAAUUGCCUCAUGGCUCCCAUGCCUGGACUUCUCGAAGAAUGUGACUGUGGCUCUUUUAAAGAAUGUGCUGAUGACCAGUGCUGUGAGACCACUUGUGCCCUCAGCCUUGGUAGUAUUUGUGACGUGGGAUCUUGCUGCGUUAGGUGUAAAUAUGCUAGACCUGGAAUGAUCUGCAGAGACACGCUCGGUAUUUGUGAUCUACCGGAAUACUGUGAUGGGAAAUCGGAACAGUGCCCAGAAGACUUGUAUAUACAGGAUGGAACCCCAUGUUCAGCAGUAGCCGUUUGUAUAGCAGGAAACUGCAGUGACCGUGAUAUGCAGUGUCAAGCCCUUUUUGGCUACAGAGUGAAAGAUGCUUCUCCAGCAUGCUAUAACAAAUUGAAUACCAAAGGUGACCGAUUUGGAAACUGUGGGGUGAAGCUGCAACGAGGGGGAAGUAAGCCUUUUAAAUGUGAAGAAGACGAUGUUUUAUGUGGAUUGCUGCACUGUGACGGUAUUGAUCACAUUCCCGGUGGAGGUGAGCACACUACGUUUCGCAGCAUCCUAGUACAAGAUGUUUCUGAAGUAAAGUGCUUUGGAUAUGAUGCGCACCACGGGACAGAGUUACCAGAGAUGGGCCUUGUAGUGGAUGGCGCAACAUGUGGACCAGGAAGAUACUGUUAUCGACAGAAUUGCACUUUUUAUGACGACUUGGGUUUUGACUGUGAUGUGAAGAAAUGCAAUUUCAGAGGUGUGUGUAACAACAAGAAGAACUGCCAUUGUGUGCGAGGUUGGAAGCCACCAUUGUGUGAGGAAAGAGGAUCAGGUGGUAGUGAGAAUAGUGGACCUCCAGCUGACAGAGAUGUGGGUAUUCGAGCCAAAAUACUGGUUAAUGUAAACAAGUUCCUGCUUUUUCUAUUGCUUCGUCUUGCUUUUUUACUGUUUGCACUACUUCUUGGUGGCCUCUUCAAAGCAAAAGAAGUUAUAGAAGAAAAAAUAUAUGAGGACGACAUCAGCGGGAAGAAUUAACCUGAGUCAAUAGGAAUGGGAGCCCAGGCAUAGAAAUAUCAUUAACACUGGAAUAAAUAAGCCACCAUCCCUCUGACAGUUACAUAACCUUUUCAUGUGUUUGAAGUUUUCAUCUUGAAAUAAAUCAC